AAGCAUACUGUACCACGUGAUCGUUGCUAUGGAGAAGAUCCCACAACAAAACAUUUUCAAUGUCGAUUUAAAGUUAGUGAGACUCGUGAUCUUACACAUUUCUUAUUAAUAAAGUUGGAGCAACAAUACAAGAAGAUAAAUCAGCUGCCUGGAAGAAGUGCUUAUUAACAGCCAAAUUUGAAAAAGAAGAAAGGAAUUUGAUCCCAGGAGUAUUUUCUGAUUCAGACAACAAAAUGGCCAACACUGUGAGAUCAGCAUCUGGAGCUGGGCCUAAAGACUUAAUUACCUGUGCAAAUCCUGGUAACCCUGUGUUUUCAUGCAUGAUAAAACCUGCUACGCUUCCAAACGAUUCUGGGUGGUUUGCUAGACCACAAAAUCCACUUUAUAAAACUACAUCAAGUAAUUAUGGAUACAUGCCUCCAGCAUUUGAAACAGCUCCGUGUGCUUACCAUCCAAUGUCACAGACAUUUUCUGAGGAUCUUAGAAAUUGUGGGAUGUAUCGCAAUCAAUCUUUGAAUACAGUCGUAGACAAAAGCAGAGUUUAUGACUAUCCAUACCUGCAGAACACUCUUUGAUUUGUUCUAAACUGUCAUAUCAUAGUUUCUCUUGUGCUUCUUUUAUUUGUUUAUAUCUUUCAAAUUCAGUGUUUUACUUUAAAGGAGUACAUCAAUAAAAAUGUUUCAUGUUCUGGAACACUAAUACUGGGCUUCAAGUGAUUUCUGCUGCUAUAUUUUACAGCAUGGUAACAGGCAUGUUUUAUUGCUAAAACUUAACACCAGUGAUAUUAACAUAUGUAAGGAUAUAUGUAAGGUUCAUAUGUGGAUUGUAAAAAUGGUUUAAUUGAUAUGUA